AUGGGGAGCAUCGACAUCUCGGCCUGCGACGUACCGCAGCUGAAGACACCCUGGAUCGAGACCCCGCUGGUCGAGUCGGCCUGCCUCUCGAGGGCUGCGGGAUGUAGGAUCUUCCUGAAGCUGGAGAAUGUCCAGCCUAGUGGUUCCUUCAAGUCUCGUGCCAUGGGCAACCAGAUCCUCUCACACCUUCGCAAUCCCGCCAACCUGGGCCGCCGGGUACACUUCUACGCCUCAUCCGGAGGCAACGCCGGCCUGGCGGCUGUCUGUGCAGCCCGGUCCCUGGGAUAUCCGUGCACCGUAGUGGUCCCAAUGGCCACCAAGCCUUUGAUGCUGGACAAGAUCCGGGCUGCAGGUGCAGCGGACGUCAUCCGCCACGGAGAAACCUUCUCCGAGGCCGGGGAGUACAUGCGGGAAACCAUUAUGAAGACCAGCAACGGCAACGACAAGGACAUCAUCAAGAUUGCCCUGCACCCCUUUGACAACCAGCCUAUCUGGGAAGGAAACGGCACCAUCAUUGACGAGCUCGAGACGCAGCUUCCUCCUGCCACCAGCCCCGAGGACCAAAAGGCCUACAACGACCGGGCCCUUCCCCUAGACUCCAUCAUCUGCAGUGUCGGCGGCGGUGGCCUCCUCAACGGCCUCGUCCAGGGCAUCGAAAAGCGCCGACAGAAGAAGCAAGCUACCUCCUCCACCCCACCUAACCCCAUCCAUCUUCUCGCCAUCGAAACGGCCGGUACCGAUUCCUUGGCCGCUGCCAUCGCCAACAAAUCCCUCGUCUCUCUCCCCAAGAUUACAUCCCAGGCCACUUCCCUCGGAGCAGUCCGUGUCUCGGAAACAACCUUCCAAUACGCGGUUGCCCCACCCCCAGGCAUCCAAGUGCACAGUGCCGUCCUCUCGGAUGCAGACGCUGCCCGCGGCGUGCUCCGUCUCGCCAACGACGAAAGACUCCUCGUUGAGCUUGCCUGCGGUGUCUGCGUGGAGGCGGCGAUCGGCGACGCUGCCUCUGCUGUCUCAGCCUCGGGGGCCGCCGGCGCUCAGAGUAUCAAGAAGCGUAAGCGGGACUUGAGCGAUACCGCCGUAUCCUACCGUGACGAAGGUUACGGGGAUGACCGAUCAGUCUCAACCGACAACGAGAUCGACGUUGACAUUGAUGCGGAGCACGGCGCUGGCAAACUCAACUCCAAACUCAAGCAGCUCGUACCUGAUCUAAACCCCAACAGUCGGGUGGUCAUCAUCGUCUGCGGCGGAAGCUAUGUCACCAUCGACAUGGCUUCGGAGUGGCGCAAGAUGCUGGAUGAAGGAUGGGCAUGA